AUGCAGAUCUUUGUUAAAACUCUUACUGGAAAAACCAUCACUCUUGAGGUUGAAAGUACGGAUAAUAUUGCUAAUGUUAAGCAAAAGAUUCAGGAUAAAGAAGGUAUCCCUCCAGAUCAGCAACGUUUGAUUUUUGCCGGUAAACAGCUCGAGGAUAAUCGUACAUUAGCAGAUUACAAUAUUCAAAAGGAAUCAACACUUCAUCUAGUAUUACGUUUGCGUGGUGGGAUUAUUGAACCAUCGUUGAAAGCUUUGGCUUCAAAGUAUAAUUGCGAAAAAAUGAUUUGUCGUAAAUGUUAUGCGAGAUUACCUCCACGUGCUACCAACUGUCGUAAGAAAAAGUGUGGUCAUACUAAUCAAUUACGUCCAAAGAAGAAACUCAAGUAG